UAGGGUUUAAGUUAGGGUUCUUCCAAAAUGUACAAGAGCCAGCUCCAAGAAUUCGCGCAGAAAUCGGGCUGGACGGUGCCGCAGUACGAUUCCAUCAAGCAAGGCCUGCCCCAUCUUCCGCGAUUCCAAGCUUCGGUCGAGGUGAAUGGCGUCAAGUACGAGUCCGAGGAUGGAUUUCCCAAUCUCAAGGCCGCCGAGCACAGCGCCGCCAAGAAGGCGCUGGAUUCGCUUAUUGGCGGCGCCAAUGGCGCUUCCACCGAUGCCUCUGGCUCCUCCAUGACCGGGCUUUGCAAGAAUGUGCUCCAAGAGUACGCGCAAAGGAAUGGCUUCUCUCUUCCAAUCUACCAAAUUGAGAUCACUGGGCCGAGCCACAAUUCAGUGUUUGCAGCGACUGUGGAGAUCGGUGGAGUUUUGUACAAGGGUGGUACUGCCAAGAGCAAGAAAGAGGCCGAGGUGAAAGCCGCAAGAACAGCGAUUCUUGCGAUCAAAGAACUUGCAGAGGCCGCUCCUUCAGACGAUUACGUUCCACCACAGUCUGGAAAAAAGCGAGUGAGAGCUGCCAAGAACAAGAUCGAGAAAGAAUCACCACGACGCAAACCACGGGUGUGAGAGAUCUCGAGGCAGCAAAGCUGGUAACUCAAACCUCUAUUUUGUGUCUUUGUAUUUGUAGCGAUUACCUCAAUGAAGCACUGGAACUAUUCGUGUUUA